UUGUGAUAAUUUAUUUGUAUUUUUUAAGUUGAAUUGAUGCGUUUUAUUUGAAUAUAGGAUGAUGACAAAUAUGAGUUCCCAGGGCCAAGUAGGGUUCAGGGUUUGCUAAAGAAACAACUCACAGUGUAUUUCAUUUCCAAUAUACACAUGGCAAGAAAAUCAAGAACAUUUAAGGGUUCAGUGAUUUGGAAGCAUGAGGAAGCUACGUGGCUGCGACGCUCCGGAACCGAUGAUGAAGAAGAUGACGUUGAUGGCCUUGUUCUCUGUUCCAAUUAGCGUCCUAGGAAAUGGGUUACACACAAUAAGGAGGGUAGUUCGAGCACUAAAGGCACUAAAGGCAGACACGAUCACCCGUAUUUUGAAUCUCAUAGCGGUUGGGCAAAUCUUUCCGUCUGAAUUGUUAACUGAUGUGAUAAAGAGAUUAGAAGCAAGUGAAAGUACAUUGCCCGCGCGAAAAAAUGUUGUUGCGUGUGCAGCAGUGUGUAGAUCAUGGAGGGAAAUGUGCAAAGAAAUCGUUGAUUCCACUGAAUCUUUAGGGAAGAUUACGUUUCCGAUCGCUUUGAAACAGCCAGGGCCUCGGGAUACCACGAUUCAGUGCUUCAUUAAGAGGGAUACAUCGAAUUUGAGUUAUUAUCUCUAUCUUUGUCUUGGCAGCGUUUCAUUUUAUUUGAAUAGUUCUUGAGAUUUCUCUCUUAUUAUCUUUAUGUUCCUUUUUUUUAAUGUGAGUUCUUUAAAUAAUUGUAUUUAUAACGGUUUAUUAUCUGAUUAUUACAACUUCAAACAGGUUUAAGCACACCCAAACACUAUCUACUAUUAUAAAAGAUUAUACAAGUCUUCGUUAUUAAUUUAACAUUACCAAUAUGCAAAGGUUAAAUGUCGAACAGAUAAUCCUGCUAACCUUAUGGAUCUAAGUACGCCUAUGAACAAAUUCUUGGCUGAACCGUACGGUUCUGAAAAAAAGAAAACCAAACCCGAGACCGGCCAAAAUGAUUCUGUUUGGUGAUUUAAAUAAUCAUUCUGACUCUUAUUUAUAUAACAAUAGAGGUCCUGGACAAAGUAUUUCAUGUUAACCCAUCCUGAUCUGUAAUGGGUCAAAAUGGACCGAAAUGGGUUGGGCCAACUUACACUCUUCUUUUUAUUAAUUUUUUUCAUUUUAUAAAGUUAUAAAUAUGCAAAGUAUGACUCAAUAGGUCUUUAAAAAUUUGAGUUCAGUUUGUAUGGGUUUUAAUUUGUUCGGCCCUUUUGAUCCAUUUUCUUUUUAGUUAAACCAUUUGACCUGAAAAAUGUAAGACAUUGAAACUGAUAUAUGUGUAAGUUGUGAUGGUCAUAGGUUGUUGCUUUUAUUAAUGACAGUCUGCCACAGUUCUGCAUUUUUUUAUUUGUUUAUUUGCCACCUACUGUACCCAAUGAAGUCAAGUCUAAGCCACUGCAGAGGAAAAAAUAUGUUGGUAAACAGCCCAAUCUGGCCUGUUUUGGCCAGCUAUCCGAGCCUCCGAUUUUGACACCUAUACCUGUUUUUCUUUCAUCUUGGCUUACUAUCAUGUUCUUGUAUGUUCGUUUACAUCUGUAACAGUCCUCAACCCCCGUGAAGAUAACUGAAAGCUGAAACAGAAUACGCAGUAAAUGCUAUGAAGCACAUAUUUGAUAAACAUGUUUUUUAGCCUCGAAACCUAUAUAGGUUUUUGAAGGGGGGUAUGGUUCCAACACGUGCAUGACCAUACCCACACUUAACUUAGAAAACACUCAGCUGGUUAUAAGGUCCUACAGCGGGCGCGGAACCACGCCAACACUGAGGUACAGACAGUACAAGAGGAAAGGGACGUACAGCCGAUCAAUAACCCAAUCCGACCUGUUUUGACCUGUUACCCGAACUCUGCCCAUUUUGCCUAUUCUACUUGCUUUUCGUCGGUCUUGUCUAAUUAUCAUGUAUUGAAGAACCGCUAGCUUCAUUGAAUGUAAAAAUUCUCGCACUUCCUACUGCUGAUGAAGCUAAUAUGUGGAUCAAGAAGUUUGGGUUUGAGAGGAUGCCGGAUGUAGAGUUGAAGCAGUACAGGAAGAAUUUCCAGCUAAUGGUUUUUCAAGGAACCUCAAUGCUAUACAAGACCGUCAAGAAGCCUUAAGGGCUGGUUGAUGAUAGAUAGUUAAGUUUUAUCAGGCCCAGCAUGACGGGCCAAAUAUGCAAUUUUUUUGGUUUCUAUAUAUAUUUGGAGAAAGGUAGUAACAGUCCUACCUGAUAUCUCUCCUGUUUUGGUACAAAAUCUGGCAUUUGGAAAAAAAAUUUAGUUUUGUUAGUCCAAAUUUAUACGGGUGACCCGUUGGGCGAUUUUGGUUAGGAGAUAGAUAGAUAUAAGAUAUAAACUUUUGUUUUGGUUAUUGCUGA